GUUUGACAGCUCGUGUUCCAUGCUUCUAGCAAAGAGUACCCACUCUUUGCUUCUAGUACAACCAGUUGGGUUCCGUGCUUCGAAGAUAUGAUAUUGAUUUUGUCACUCGUUCUAGUAUUCGUUUUUGGGUACUUUUGUGUUUUAUCAUUAUCCCAUUACGUUAACUACCGCAAAUAUUUACAUAAAUAUCCCGGUCCACGAUGUUACCCAAUUAUUGGAAAUACGUUUCAUUUCGCAAGAGGAACAGGUUUAAUACCAUCUUUAAUGAAGUGCAAGAAGAAGUAUGGUGAUAUUGUACACUGCAUGCUUCCAUUUUCCCAAAGACUAUUUCUAACUGGCGCAAAACCCGUUGAAACAUUACUAAGUUCCACAACCUUACUAGAAAAACCCCUCAUUUACAAAUUCUUUCAUCCUUGGUUGGGAUUGGGAUUGUUAACUGGAUCUGGCGCACGAUGGAAGCACAUUAGAAAACUCCUAACGCCAGCGUUUCAUUUUAAAAUUUUAAAGCAAUUUAUCGACAUUUUUGAUAAACAAGGUAACAUAUUGAUCAAUAUUCUGGAAAAAUGUGACGGAAAGGAAGUUGAUGUAUUCCCAUACAUUGCCUUGUGCUCUUUGGAUAUCAUAUGCGAGGCGACCAUGAACACGUCAGUGGAUGCCCAAUUCGCUCCCAAUUCAGAGUACGUUUCAAGCGUGCAUGAGAUGUGCGCCAUUGUAUUUAGAAGGUACCAUUCCCCGCUAAAGGCGUGGGAUGCUCUUUAUAAACUUUCUAAAGAUUACCAAAAACAAAAGAAGGCACUUACUAUCUUGCACGGUUAUAGUAACGCAGUUAUUAAGAGGAGGAAGAAGGAAUUGGAAGAUGCCAAAUUGCAUAUCUCGAAUAAAGAAGAUGAAAUGGGUAACAAACAUCGAUUAGUAUUUUUGGAUUUGUUGUUGCUUAGCGAAGUUGAUGGAAAACCUCUACCACAUAACGUCAUUAGAGAGGAAGUCGACACCUUCAUGUUUGAAGGACAUGAUACGACAACAUCUGGCAUUAGCUUUACUUUGUACUGUCUUUCCAAGAAUCCCGAAGUUCAAGACAAAGUGUUUACAGAGCUGAAAGUCAUCGAUCCACAGGGUCGUAAAGCAUGGGCGUAUGACGAUUUACAACAAAUGAAGUAUUUGGAACAAGUAAUUAAAGAAUCGCUGAGACUGUACCCUCCGGUCCCCUUAUUUGCACGAACACCUACGGAAAAUGUCGAUUUUGGAGGCACUCUGGUACCCAAAGGUAUAUCCUUGACGGUCUUUACAUACGGCUUACAUCGAUGCCCAAAAUUAUACCCAAAUCCAGAUGUAUUCGACCCAGAACGAUUUACUCCAGAAAACUCACGAGCGCGAUCCAUUUAUGGGUAUGUACCUUUUAGUACAGGUUCAAGAAAUUGUAUAGGUCAACGAUUUGCAAUGUUGGAAAUAAAGUCGAUAGUGGCAUACUUAAUACGAGAGUUUAAAUUGUUGGAAGUAGUUGGGCAUGAACCUGAGCUAACAGUAGAUGCGAUUUUGAGGCCACAAAAUGGGCUGCCUAUUCGAUUUGUAAAGAGAAAUAAUAAUAUUAAAAUGUAAUUCUAUCACAGAAUACAUAUAUGUGUACCUAUACAGAAACACAUUUAGAUAUACAGUGUGUCCCAGAUCGCGUGGGAUUGCAUGGGUAACUUUCUUAUUAUGUGCAGUUUUAGAUGCUUAUUUAAAAGUUCCUUGUGGAUAAUGUGGAUAUGAUAUGAUAUGGAUUCCACGUUUUCGAAAACUCCCGAGUAAUGAUUUCUAAGCGAUUUCUCAACCUUUUUUAUAUAUGUUUAUAAUUUUGCAAAUAAUGUAAUAAUAAAUCAUUUUUUGCACCC